GUCUGAACAAUGCUGUCGCGCCUGCGAUUUGGACUCUCGGGCGCUGCCCAGCAGCUCGCGCGAUCGUCGCCGCUACAGCCGUUGCUGCUGCAGCACCAAAGCGGCGCGAUUGCUGUUUCACGAUCCUCGCACUCUGCGCCUGCUCCAUCGGCCACCACUGCCACUGCCAUUCCCGCUCCCACUGAUGGAUUGCGUGUCACUCCUGUAUCAACCAAACCGCCCACUGCAAUCGUUCUGAUGAAUCUUGGCGGCCCCGCAACACAGGCAGACGUCCACGACUUUCUCUUGAGGCUGUUCUCCGACCGAGACAUUAUUCCACUGCCGCUGCAGAGCUAUUCUGCACGGUUUAUUGCACGACGACGGACACCUACCAUCCAACAGCAGUACGCCAAGAUUGGCGGGGGGUCGCCCAUUCGUUCGUGGACUGAAAAGCAAGGGCAGGCCAUGGCCAAGAUGCUCGACGAGAUCUCUCCCAGCACCGCACCGCACAAGCCUUACAUUGCCUUCCGGUAUGCGCGACCCCUCACGGACGACGCGUUGGCGCAGAUGGCCGCAGAUGGUGUGACAAGAGCGGUGGCCUUCACCCAGUAUCCACAGUACUCGUGCUCGACCACGGGAAGUAGCUUGAACGAGCUCGCUCGCCAAAUCUCUGCUGCCGGCUCGGCGUCGCCCUUGAAAGACAUGCAAUGGUCUGUGAUUGACCAUUGGCCGACGCAUCCCCUGUUUGUCCAAGCUGUCGUGCACAACAUUCGCCAGGCCUUGCUGCGCUUCCCCGAAGCCAAGCGAAAGGAGGUGGUCUUGGUCUUCUCCGCACACUCGUUGCCAAUGACUGUGGUGAAUCGUGGCGAUGCUUACCCUCCACAAGUGGCCGCCACUGUUCAUGCCGUCAUGCAAGAACUGGGCCACUCCCACCAGUUCCAACUUGUGUGGCAGAGCAAGGUUGGUCCCCAGAACUGGCUCGGCCCUCGUACCGACGAGGCAAUCCGCGGCUUUGCGGCCAAUGGCCGCAAGAAUCUCCUCUUGGUUCCGAUUGCCUUCACUUCCGAUCACAUCGAGACCUUGUUUGAGUUGGAUCAUGAAUAUGCGGACGUUCUCGCAAAGGAGGUUGGAAUCGAACAAAUCGAACGCUCGGAAUCCCUCAACGAACCACCCCCUAUUCAUCAAAGCCAUGGCUACAAUUGUGCACGAGCAUCUCCAGCAAGCAGAAGCCACCGGCAAGGCCUGCAGCAAGCAGCUUGGCAUGCGGUUGUCCCAAAGUGCACCAAUCCCAAGUGUGAGACCACCCGUACCUUCUUUGGCGCUGAACAUUGAAAUGGUAUUGAGUGCGUUUGCCUCAACCCCCCCCCCCA